AUGGCGCCAAGAAGUGAGACAGUAACACAGAUAGAACCCGUCAACUCAGCAGAAAAGAAGUCUUCCGAAAGUACUCAAAAACGCCCAGCACCGCAAAUCGUCUGGAAGAAUGUUUAUUUCAUGGCGGUACUACAUCUGCUGGCAUUAUACGGCAUUUAUCUUCUACCCGGUGCAAAUCCGCGGACUUGGUUAUGGACUUGGUUGUGUCAUUUCCUUGGAGGGCUCGGUGUAACUUGUGGAGUACAUAGACUUUGGUCUCACCGAUCUUACAAGGCUACGUGGCCUCUACGACUCGCGCUCAUGUUCAUGAAUUGUGUCGCCGGGCAAAAUGACAUUUUUGAGUGGGCGAGAGACCAUCGGGUUCAUCACAAGUGUUCUGAAUCCGACGGAGACCCGCACAACGCGAAAAGAGGAUUUUUUUUCGCACAUAUUGGAUGGUUAAUGGUCAAAAAGCACCCAGAUGUGAUAAAGAAAGGGCAGCAGUUGGAUGUUAGCGAUUUGUAUGAAGACAAAAUCGUUAUGUUUCAGAGGAGGUAGUAAGACCAAUUUAAAUGUGUUUUAAGAGCUUAAUUAUUUAUGUUGUUAGUAUAUCCACCUGCUGUUGAUAACAACUACCCACCCUUCUCCCUGCAAGGUUAAAAAUAUAAUUGGCAGAAGAACAAGAGCGUCAGGAAAACUAAGGGGAGCUUUAAGUGUUUCUAUGCACUAUUAUAUUAUAAGUCCUAUUACGUUACAUAAACUUUUUCACUGUUGUGUAAAAGUACCCCUCCUCAUGUCUAGGAGCAGAUAGUGACAUUUAAGGGGCUGGUCAUUUAUUACCUGUUGUGGGGGUGGUGGGUAGGGGUCAUUUGUGAGAAAACUUAGAAGAUUUUCAAACCGACCCCCAAUUUAUCCUAGCUUUUUAAAAAUGACCCCCCAUAAAUUUUAAAAUAAUGUGAAAGUGACCACCCAUCAGACUGUGGUGGAAACUACAAAUAUUCUGUUACAAAUCAUGCCAAAGUUCACCACAUACGUUAUCUAUAGAACGGUGUUUACUACUUACAGCUGCUGCAUUCAAUUUCAAUUCAUGCUCGUUACUGCUUUGAGCUACUUUCAUGAAAUUGAUUAUGACCCCCAGGUAAUACUCCCUUAUCAGAAAAUGGCCCUGCCCCCCCCCCCCCCCCAAAAAAAAACCACCAAAAAAAUAAAAAACAAACCCCCACACAACAACCACCACCCCCCCACCCCAGAAAAACCAGCACCACCGCAAGGGAAAGGAGAACGGAAGCGCACCCGGGGGGGGCAGAGAGAGGAACACAGGGGGAGCGGGGGCGAGAAAAANCGGCCCCGCCUCACAGGUAAAAAGUGACCAGCCCCUGAAGGUUUAUGUUGGUGUUGAUUUAACAUGAGGCUUUUGUUGUUGCUUGAGAUAGCUAAGUUGAAAGGAGUACCAAAAAAAGUCCUAACAAAUAACUUAAAGGAAGAUUGUUAGAUUUACUAAAUGUUUUUCUUUACCUUAUUCCAGG